GACCAUGACCUCUGACUCCAUGGUGGCAAGAGAAAAACCAUUCCCUGCAGUGUUAGAUAAAGUAUUAUAAAUAGAGUAUUAUGAGGCAAUGCAAGUAUUAAAGUGCUACUUGAUAUGAAAAGAUAAGCAUUAGGUCAUCGUUAAUACUUUAGACACGCGUAUGUGUUCUGUGGGAAUAGGCAACUAAUGUGCUUGGUCAUCGCGGGCCAUUAAUACAAUGACAAUCACCUAUUGAUUUUAGGCUAUAGCCCAGAAGAAAAACACCACACAGGCUGGAGAGUGACUCUGCGGUGUUUAACUGACUUUGCAGUGAACUUGUAAUUAUGACAGGCGCACUAGUCUCUCUGUAAUAUUGCUAAAAUACAAUGCAAAAAUGCAUUAGGGAGUACAAGUUUUGUGGGGGUUUUUUUAGAUGAGUGAAUGCUAACGACACGGAAACCUCAGCCACACUGCUACCGCGGAUCAGCCUGACCAGCGUAUGAAACGUGCCUCUCCAGACGCACGGUGGCCAGCGCAUUACACAGGCGGCGAUGUGGAGGUCAGUCGCUCAUCAGUGCAACGCGCCGAGCAGUUUCCCUCCCUAAACCCCAUCUCUGUUGCCUUUGUCCUCUUGUUCUCUUGUCCUCCAGAAACAAGGGAUUUCGCAUUGCACACCGUCGGCGCAUCCCGCAAGUCACGUUUCGCUGUGCGGUUCCAUUUUUCGGGUGGCCGGUGUCCCGGUGCGUCAUCGUCCGAACACCGGAUAAGUGAUGCUUUGAGGUGCACUGUUGCUCCCCUGUCGCUUCACAUCUCUGCAGCAAACCGGGCUGGAAAUGGUCCUAUGCUCAACUAGCCGGCGGCGCUCAGAGGUUAGACUCUCAUUCAACAGAGGGUCACAGCCACAAACACAUCACCCACCCUCCUCCUGGCCGGCAAGAGUCCUCCGUCUGCCUGCGCUCAUCUAAACAGCAGUGAAGACAGACAGGAAACGUACACUGUAGUGGUGCUGCCUGUGUGUGUGUGUGUGUGUCAGCGCUUCAGUGCCUUUAGUGUUCCCCCAAGUCCUCCACUGGGUGUGUGUGUGUGCAAUGAUGUGUGGCUGUGUCAAGGUGGAGAAUUAAGAGGAAGACGGGACCUGUUCAAGUCAGCAAAACCGAGCAAGCUGCUGCAUAUGUGUGUCAGGGUUGAGCAGUCCAGCACGUGAGACUAAGUGUGUGUGUGUGUGUGUGUGUGUGAGGGGCUAGUGUUGACCAGGUUAUGAGUGCGUCUCAGAGGGAGUGGCGGUUCAAUGCUGAGUUGAGCUAAGGGAGCAGAACAGUAGAAUCUGUAAGAGGAGCAGCCAUGGGGCUCGGACAGUCCAGCAAGGCUCCAGUCGCUGAUGACACAGACGAGGUAAAUUUCGACCACUUCCAGAUCCUGAGGGCAAUAGGAAAAGGAAGCUUCGGAAAAGUCUGCAUUGUACAGAAGAAGGACACCAAGAAGAUGUACGCCAUGAAGUACAUGAACAAGCUAAAAUGCGUGGAACGGAACGAAGUGAGGAAUGUCUUGAAAGAGCUGCAGAUCAUGCAGAACCUUGAACAUCCUUUCCUGGUCAACUUCUGGUAUUCCUUCCAGGAUGAGGAGGACAUGUUUAUGGUGGUGGACUUGCUCUUGGGAGGAGACCUACGCUAUCACCUCCAGCAGAAUGUCCACUUCUCAGAGAGCACUGUCAAACUCUACAUCUGUGAAUUGGCCCUGGCCCUCGGAUACCUCCGCACCAAGCGCAUCAUACACAGAGACAUCAAACCUGACAACAUACUAUUGGAUGAACAUGGGCACGUCCAUCUAACAGACUUCAACAUCGCAGCCAUUGUAAAAGAAGACCUAAAAGCAACGUCUAUCGCUGGGACGAAGCCAUACAUGGCUCCUGAGCUUUUUCAGACCUUUGAGGGGUCCCACCCUGGCUACUCCUUCUCUGUCGACUGGUGGUCGCUGGGCAUCACAGCCUAUGAGCUACUAAGAGGACAGAGACCAUAUGUGAUGAGAUCCAGUACACCAGCUAAUGAGAUCCUUCAGACCUUCCACAAGGUCCAUCCCAGCUAUCCAGCAGCCUGGUCUUUGGAGAUGAAGUCGCUUCUCAGAAAGUUGCUGUGCAUAAAUGUCCAGACGCGCAUUUCCUGUCUACCAGAGCUACAUGAUCUGGACUACAUGUCAGAUGUCAACUGGGACGCUGUGCUCAGCAAACAGCUUCCUCCAGGCUUUAUUCCCAAUAGGCGAAGACUAAACUGUGACCCUACAUUUGAGCUGGAGGAAAUGAUCCUGGAGUCCAAACCGCUUCACAAAAAGAAGAAAAGGCUUGCUAGAAAAACCAGGGACCAGGGUUCUGAUGGGUCCCCACAAAAUGGUCAGUUGCAGCAGAGAUUGGAUAAUGUCCAGAGAGACUUCAUUGUCUUCAACAGAGAAAAGUCAAGGAAAGCAGUGGUGGACUCAGAGUCCUCUGAGCUGUCCAUUAGUGAGAAGAACAAGGCAAUAGAGGAUGGGCAGAACAACAAUGUUGAACCUGCUGCCUACUUAUCAGGAUAGGUCUCAUGAUCCGAGAUCCCUACUUACUCCCUUAUCACUUGCACCUGCCCACAGCUUGUAGAUCAGCAAUUUACACUCAAGACACCUAUUGUUCUAUCAGCACAGGCACUCAGAUUCGGUCUUCAUUGUUCCUGCACCACCAACACAAAUGCAGUAUGCAUCACUGCUCACACACCAAAACCACAUUAUCAAGAGCUCCAGAACUGCAGGAGUGAAAUGGACCACUGGAGCAGCAGCCAUGCCACAGCCAGGCUUUUAACUUUCCUGUCACCGAGAAGAAUGUCACUCAUAUCAUGCUCCCUUACAUCACUCUGGUGCUCUAAGGUCUGCUCAACCUCUACUCUGGGCAGUGUGCUGAAGUGAAGAGGAAGUCACUCCCCUGCCAAAAAGGAGACAAUGCCACACCUACUCAGCUCUUGCAGGAAAUAAAGUCUGAUGUGGUCAACUUUGGCUGCAAGCUGUAUGUGCUGCUGCUGUCUUUGCGGGACACUCAGAUUUUCAAUCUCAGCGAGGCAUUUUUCUGGUUAAUUAGUUAUUUAAAUAUAACAAUGGUUCUCCAGUGCCACAUGGAAAUGGACAAGAAUAGACAUAAGGAGUUGGGUUGGCAACAUAUAUUGAAAAACAAACAGUUGGGUGGAUGGCUUUGUCCCAUGUGAUCUACAUGACUUGAGAUUUGAGCUUGACACUAAGAGUACAAAACAUUACAAUGGAGAGGUUAAAAAGGUAAAAUGAGGCCUUUGUUUUUAAGACAGCAACCACAGAUUCCUCUAAGAUACAAAAUAAAGAGCUGAACUGUAGGCUUGAGCGUGAAUGGCUCACUUUAUAGCAGCAGAUACAUGGUUGUAGUGGUCAUUAUGCUUAGCUUUGCUAGUCAAGCUAACAAAGAUGGUAGGAUUGUAACAUUUGGUACAAUGUCCCGGCUCCAUCACCUGCAGAUAUAGGCAAAACAGGCUGCAAGUUUUCUUCACUUGCGUAUGCUUUAAGUUACAGAAAUAUUAAACGCAGUUAACAAACAUGGUUUUAAUGUUAAGCUUGAAGAUCUAUUCUUGACCUUGGAGUUGCUUAGUUAAGGCCACCAGAUGUGGGUUGAAAGCUUCAGACACACCAAGUAUGUGGACCUUCUGAUGAAAGUUAUUUGUCAAACUGGUUUUAAACUCCUUUAAAACACUGACAUUUUGGACUAACCUUUGCCUCAAUCUGCAAAUGACCAGCUGGGUCUUCAAAUAAAGGUUUAGAAAUAUGAAAAGGUAUAUAAAAAAAAAGGUAGAUGGUAGAUGUUAUAUGUUCUGCACUGAACCUUGCUUUGCACAUGCUUCUUCAUCAACUGUAGCAUUUAUGCACAGACAGACAAAAAAAAAAAAUCUAAAGCUGUGAGUGAAUACUUAUUCCCUUAGGGAUGGUUUUAUAGUCAAGGAUUAAGCUGAGUCCUAGAUAAGAUUCAUUUUUUCAGUUACUGUCUGCAUUGAAAUUUGUUUUUGUCAAAUCAUUUUUAAUGUCUUUCCUCUUUUGUCCUGGUUACAACCAAUUACAAAUGUGCCACCAGAUAAGUCUGUAAAUUUGUAUUUGCAAUUAAUUGCUCCCAUAAAAGAAUACAUUCUGCAACAACAUUCUUGUCCAGAUGGUAUUCAACAGUAAUUCAACACCAGCUGAUUUUCACAUUUUUUAAUGUUCAGAGUCAAAAAAAGCAAUGAACGAAACAAAUAAACACCAGGCAAGGCAAUACCCCUCAUUCAUACUGUACGAAUUACCAUAGACUUGGUUAAAACCAUGUCUAAGAAACCACACCUGCCUCUGAAGUUUGCAGAGGGAUGCCUUAUACCAUAGAUAUGGCACACAGCUGGUUCCCUUAAAUUAUACAUGUAGGUAGUAAAACCUUUUUCACAAUCAGUAAGUAAAUGUGAUUUCUACUAAGUCAUUUUAUUGACCUUGAUCUUAUCUAUCUGCAAUACGACUCAAUCCUUUCAAGUCUAUGAUACUUGUAAUUAUAUUUAAAACAUAUUUCACUCUAUUCAAUUCAUUACUGUUGGCACUUUUCUAUUGAAAAUUGAUACAAUGUUUUGACUUACCUUUGUGUUGUUGUUGUCAUUGAUGUAAUUUUACAGAGCCAAAGGUGGUUUCCUGUACAAGUUGUAUGAUAUAGUGGGAUAGUUAAACGGAUGGACUAAUUAAAUAAUAUUUGUGAAUGAUUAUCGUAAUUUGUUCAUAUAUAAUAGAAGUACCAGAUGGGUUGAGUUCAUUGCAUCAGGUUAGUGAUUGGUAGAUCAUCUGAUGUGGCAGAUUCAACCCCUCCAAAAAGUGAACGUAUAAAAUAAUCAUUGACAAAUAGCAUUUGACCCAGGCAAUACCAUUUUUCAACAAAAUGUCUAUCUAAAAAAAAUGUUUAGUCUGGGAACAGAAUUGUUCCACACCUGUGAAUUUCAUUCCUAUUAAGGUUUUGUUGUCCUUCAGUUGUCACUGUGUGUUUAUUGUAUUUAAAUGUGAUGGAGUUGCAAACUAUUAAGGUGUGCCUUAAAAAUUACUUUCUUUUUCUGAACCAAA